AUGAAGGCCAUCGGAAUCUGCAUCCCAACAAUUGAAGGUGGUGUCAUCGUCCACCAAGAGAUCGGACGAGAAGCAGCGCGACGGGGUAUUGCUUAUCCUCAAAUCGUCACCCAUACCCCUCUCUCCGAGGACCUGAUGAAGGCACUCAAUAGCGAUGAUCAGCAGGCCCUUGGGACAGUAGUCGCUGAUUCGAUCAACCGUACCGCUAAAGCUGGCGCAGAGUUUGGCAUCAUCAGUGCCAACACCCCACAUGUCGCUUUCGACUUGAUUGCAGCCCAAGCAAACAUUCCUGUUCUCAGCAUCUUGGAUGUCUCUGCAGGUCAUUGUGAGAAGAACGGUUACAAGUCUGUUGGGAUCCUCGGUACAAGCUGGACUGUCAACCGCCGUCUUUAUGAUGCUCCCCUACAAAGCAGAGGCAUUGCUGCGGUUUAUCUCUCCGAAGCUGACCAGAAGAUUGUCAUGAACGCGAUCGUGAAAGAGUUAGUCAAUGGCAUCUUCCUGGAAACUACAACCAACGAAUUGUUGCGGAUUGCAAAAGAUCUCGCGACACGAUGUGAUGCCAUUAUUCUCGGUUGUACGGAGCUUCCGCUUGUUCUUCACGAGGAGAACUGCGGGAUCAAAGUCGUUGAUACAACGCGGCUUCUCGCCCACGCUGCGCUCGACUAUGCAACCAAAGAUUGA